UCUGGACAUGGGUUUUGUAAUCUGAAUAGAUUAUUAACAGGAGGGCGUGUUUGGCUCCAGGCUCAUCUUCCUGUUCCCGGUCUGGGGUAAACCGAGGUCUUUCAUAAGCAAGUUAUUGCUCUGAUCGUCUGAAUAUAAUGUUUACCGUUCUGCUCAUUUGCGGAGGACUCGUCGGGUUUUACCUGCUGCUGUGCGUCACGGUGUUGCACCUGCCAAAAUGUAAAAGUAUGGCCAAGCUGCACGGGAAGACCGUGAUCGUGACUGGAGCAAACACUGGCAUCGGCAAAGCCACCGCGCUGGAGCUGGCGAAAAGGGGAGCUCGUGUGAUUCUAGCCUGCAGGGAUGAAAGCCGAGCUCGGGCUGCUGUCACAGACAUCCAGAGGGAAUCAGGAAACAGAGAGGUGUUGUAUAUGCACUUGGAUCUGGCCAGUUUGAAAUCCGUGAGGUCUUUCACUGAAAACUUUCUCAAGAAAGAAUCCAGAUUGGACAUUCUUAUCAACAAUGCAGGACUUGUAAUUGAUGGCAAGACUGAGGAUGGCUUUGGAAGGAUCUUUGGCGUUAAUCACCUCGGUCAUUUUCUGUUAACCAUCCUGCUGUUGGAAAGGUUAAAAGAGUGUGGCCCAAGCAGAGUUGUGACGGUCUCUUCAAUGGCCCAUAGCUGGGGGAAAAUUGAUUUUGACUGCAUCAACACUCAUAAAGAUUUGGGUUUGGGAAAUUCUGCAGUGGCCCUAUUAGGGAUGUACAGUCACAGCAAACUCUGCAAUGUCCUGUUUACACAUGAACUGGCCAAGAGACUCAAAGGCACAAAUGUCACCUGCUACAGUCUUCAUCCAGGGGCCAUCAAAACGGACAUCAGUCGCCACAGCAAUUUAUGGUGGCGGCUGUUCUUGGCACCGAUUUUGCUGCUUUUCUUUUCGGACGUGGAAUCUGGAGCUCAGACGUCUCUUUACUGUGCACUUCAAGAGGGUAUUGAACACUUAAGUGGACGCUAUUUCUCUAGCUGUGCGGUGCAGAAUGUUUAUGCUAAAGCCCGAGAUGAUGCAGUAGCCAAAAAGCUUUGGGAAGUCAGCGAGAGGCUUGUUGGUUUAGCAUGAGAUCGUCCGUUUCAUAACACCUGUAUGGAUUUGCACUUGCACAAUUUGUUUACUGGCACCUGUGGGCAACUGUGUUAGAUAAAUCAGUGUUUUUGCAUAUUAUAAAAAGCCUGUGUCAAAUUUUGCAGUUCAUAAGAUGCUCUGACCGCAAAAAAAAAGGAGCCGUUAACUCUUCUAAUAAAAAUGUUCUUUGAUUGGGGCCAGGUUUCCACUACAUAAAUCAUGUUUCUUUUUCAUACCAAAGUAAAGACGUAACUCACUGGGUGUGUCCGGGGAUACCGAGGCCUUACUGUGCUGAAUGUGUCACCUCUCCCAGUUAGAAAAUGUAAGUGAUUUAGGAACAAUAUGAAUCAUCACCUGUGGAUUGCAGGUGUCAAAAACACAUCAAGGGAUGUGAACACUUUGAGCCCAGUUACUCAGUAUCUUCAUGACAAUGUGAAAUGAGAAAAACUCUAAAUAGUUUGGCACUGAGUUCAUUGGUGAUGUCAUCCCUAGGUAUUUCAAACAACAUUCAAUCGCUUCCUUCAGUUUUACCAGUAACUACUACAAACUUAAUAUAUUAUUUUUUAAUUUAAUUUAUUUUUAUUAAUUUUUUUUAUUAUUAUUAAAUAAAUUUAAAUUAAGUAUCAUGUGAAUCAAUCUUGUGUAAUGGCUGCUGAAAUUCAGCU